AACACCAGCACGUACGCAACGCACAAAGAAGGAAGGAAAAGGGGGGCAAAAAAACAACAUCGAGUCCGUACAAUCGGAUACCGAGCGCGGCCGGCGGUUCGCCCCCGUUCCCAAAUCCCGGCGAGGGCGGUCGGUCGGACGGAGAGGAGAUGCGGGCCCGCACGGCGGACCACCUCGAGGCGCUCUCCCUCGAGAUCGAGCGCAAGCUGCACAAGGCUCUGAAUUCCAACUCGCAGCGCCUCAAGCUGCUGCAGCAGCUGUUCGCCGAUAUCGCGCUCAAGGUCGACGACCGCGCUCGAGAUAAGAUUUUAAGCACCAAUAAUGAGGGAAUCGCUCCAUUAGAUGAACGCGAAGACGGCCAUUUGUGUUUCUAUGAGAUUCUUGCAAAUCACUAUGUGAAAGUCCCUCAAAGUGGGAGGCGUAUACUUGAGUUGAUAGUGCAACUCUGGAGCCAAUCCUUUGCAGCAAACAUAUUUGCGCUUCUUUUUCACAGAUGGUUGUUUGAAGUCCCUCUUGAGGGGAAGGAGGUAUCACUAAGAUACAGCUCUGCUCUUGUCCAAGGAGCUACUAACGUUUUUUGGAUUGACAUUCAAACCAAUACAAGGUACUUCCUCCCAUUGUAUCAUUAUCUCCUUGAAGAAGUCGCUUUAGUUCCAGAUCAACUCAUUAAGAUAUCACCACAGGCUGGUAGAAAUCUAUUCUGCCUCCUCUCCAGAUUCAUGCUGUUCUAUGAUCAGGAUCACUUGCUUACAAGUUUUCUUGGGCAUUUCCCUGCUUUUCCAAAUUCUUUCUUGGUUGGUGGAGCUGCAGAUUACUUUGUGAUUGAACUCACCGAUCAGCUCCAGAAGCUAAAAGUGGAGCCAGUACUGCUGCACUACCUUUCCCGCAUGACCAUACUUCAAGGCUGGGAGUUGAGGAUGAGUACAAGCACUAGACUGAAGUCAUGCCUGUAUAGCUUCACAUCUCCUGGAGGCCCUGCCUAUCCAACAAGAACCGUCCGGCAUGCAGCCUGGAAUACGUUGGAUUUACUUUUUCCUGUGGGUCGCUAUCCAAGGCACGUGAUAAGUCUGUUCUUUCGGCUGCUCUAUCCCUGGUAUUGGCCUUCCUCUUGCUGGAACUUCGUCAUGACCUGCGUGAGCACCAUCUACUACUACAUCCUGAAUCUGCUCGUCUCAAUUUGGGAGAACAUGAGGAGGCGCGACCAUCAAAGGAUGCACAGAGAAUGAAGAGAUUGCGGACGGGCCUAAAUCGAGGCUAUAAUGUUGUGUUGUUGUUCUUCUUUACUUUUAGGAUUGUUAGCAUCAUGUGUGCGCGCAUGAAAUUUGUUGUAUAAAUCCAAGUGUUUGUUGUGUUUAUUAUACAUGGACAGGGGAUGUGAUGUGAGGCAGAGAUGUGCAGUGAGAGAGGGAAGGGGCACUUUUUAUGCUCACCAGCCUGAAGCUGUAAUUUGUAUACAACAUUCAGCAGCUUCUCCAAAUGCCAUCAAAGGUUAUAGCCAUGCUCUAGAGGAGUUGGCACGCUUUUUAC